UUGAUACACCAUUUAGAUCAUUUUUGCUAAAAAAAAAUCUAGUAGAUGAUGAAAGCUGAAUCGUGUGGCAUAGGAAUAGUAUCUCCCAGGAGAUGAGCAAUGUUCCGAGAUUGACGUGUUAUCAGUGCAAACUAUAUGGAUUUCAUUCCUUUUAUAAACAACACUAACCAUUCACAUCUAAAGCUGAUGUUGCGGAUUGAUAAUGGCAAAAAGCGGUCGAACAGUCAAAUGUUAGUUGUCUUCCAAGAUUGAUGAUCAGCGCACAUAAUCAAGUUAAAAUGUUGAUUCAUCUCAAACAGCCGCUUAUUUUAAUUACAGCUGCCUUCGUCUUGAUCGAAACUCUCGAAUAUAGCUGUACGGAUUACCACAAAGGUUAUUGCGUUGUUGAAAACGUUACCGCCGAGUCGAUGCCCCAAGCGACCUUUCCUCCGGAUAAACUCCUGCUGAUUCAGAACAGUACAAUGACCACCUUUGGGCAGGAUCAAUUCCGUAGCCUACCGAACGUGGAGAACCUGAUGAUUCACCAUUUGAAAAUCGAACAGCUGGAUCUGGACGGUUGCGAUCGCCUCUCCAUGCUGUUCGCGAGCUACAACCACAUCUCUAACCUAAGUGCCGUCGAAGCAUUACCUCUCCGUAGUUUACAUCUAUACCAAAACCUUCUCACCGAUGUAAGCGCCUUAAGUGUACUCACCGAAUUGGAACAACUCUACCUGAACGACAACUUGCUUGAAGUUCUGUCGAUCGACGUGUUCGCGAAAAUGAAGAAUCUAAAAAUCUUGACACUACACCGGAACAAACUGACGGCGAUCGAUACGAUCAAGUCGAUCACUCUACCCAGCUUGGAAUCGAUGUUCCUUCAGCAUAAUGCGCUUACCUACCUGGAUACGGCACUGUGGCGCAUGCCGUCCUUGCAAAAGCUUGACCUGAGCGACAACCAACUAAGCUUCCUGUUCACUUUCCUGGAAGAGUUUCCAUCCCUGACAGAAGUUCAACUUCACACCAACAGAUGGAACUGUGCGUGGUUGCACAAAAUGAUUGAUCGAAUGGAGUUGCGAGCGAUUAGUCACGGCCAAGUGGACCGGACUUGCGACGGAACGCUGUUCAACGAUAUCUGCUGCCUGUUGGAAGCCAGCGAACCAGAUCCGAUGAUGUUGCUCAUCAGCCGGACCGGGAUUGUUGACGACCUGCAAGAUCAGCUCGGCAAUCAACGGCAGAAAGUGGAACAACUGGAGGAGGCUCAUCGGAAGCAGAGCUUCAAGUACGACGAGAUGAAGCGGAAAAUCGACAAAAUAGAAGAAUGGUGCAACAAGGAGUUGUGAUUUUAUUAGAUCUUCAAUCUUCGGAUAUGGAUUCCAACAUCUCAAAAAUCGUGUUUACAUUAAACAUUAUUCGAUCAAUUUGAGUGUCGAGCUUUUCAUUUCGCUUGGUAAAUUUGUCAAUUUCGGCUUUCAAUUCCGAAACUUGCGAUCCAAUCUGAUUUCUUAGAGCAGCGAUU